AUGUCUUCUUCGGCAACCCCUACUCCGCCAUCUCUUCCACAGAUUCCGUCGAUGGACGGAAUAUAUCAAUUGUAUCAAAAAAAUCAAACAACGAGUGUUGUUGAUCCUUCAAAGCUUGAAUAUCCACUAGUGCCGACAAAUUUGUUGAGUAAGCAAGGUACAAUUGACAUUCAGGUUCCUCAGUACCUUAAAGAGUUGCCAAAAUCUAAGAUUGAGCAAUUCUACCACGAUGACAAACUUCUUAGGGGAUAUGUUUUAAAGAAGUACGGCAAGCCUUUUAACGAUUUGAAGAGAGAAAUUACAGCCAGACUUGGAAAGCAAUCGGACUUCACAGAAAAGUCGGCAAAAAAUUAUGACGCACAGGUGAAGGAACGAAUAGAACGAAUUAAUAAACUGUUAAAAGAAUGCUCUGAUCUGCUCGAUGAGUUCGAUACCUUAGAGGUUUCUAUGUACGAUAAGAUGGGAAAGAUGAAUAAAAAGAAUAUGGUGGAAGUAAUGGAAGCGAAUUUGAGUCUGCAGAACGGAGAAUGUCAAAAAUUAAUUGACGAUGCUAUGAAAUCUAAGGGUGAGCUUACAGAUACAGAACUAUCGACAUUUAUUGAACGGUACUGUGCCGCUAGGCAACAAUACUAUCUGAAGAAAGAAAAGAUGAGCCGGAUGCAUGAAGAUAGAGUAGGAGAAAUAUGA